UUAAAGUGAUUCAUAAAUCGGUAUUUUUUUUCCCAGUAGAAUAUUUUAUUGAAUACUUUAACAAUUACAGACGGGAGGCAAAUGCCAAAUGGUAUCAUUUUGUACAAAUCAUCGAAAGACAUUUUGUUUAUUACGCAUUUACGCAAUUACGCAGGUUAUAGUGCGUGCCGUACAGUGUAUGUCGUACGAUAUAUCACAAACGCGUGGAUUGUAGCGGUAGGAUGGAGGAUUGCCUGAUUUGCCCGUGGACCUUAUCUCAUCCAAAAUCGCGUGAUCAUACCUCCACCACUGUUGAAUUCCCUACUGUAGUUAAUCGUCGUGUCGUAUGGUCUAUGCUCAUUGGUUGUCUGUCUUUGCGUUCCACGCGUGAUAACGCCCGGUAUUUGUCCAUACCUCCCCGUGGUUUUGUGCGAAUCCGUUGUCGUUUACGGACCGGAUUACACAUGAACAAUAAACACGGCGGUGGAAUGGCUCCCGUAGACGUAACGCUCAGCGAGAAGCACUCUGCCCGUUUUCAGCUGAUCAAUUAUUCAAAACUCGAAUUGGCGAUACCUGUAUACAAAUAUAAAUGUCUGCGCACUGGUAUCACCAUUGUUUUUGGUGAAAUUGAGGGUCCACUGGUCCAAGGAUAUUUCACUCUGGCUACUGAAGCUCACGAUGACGAUGGCAUUCCACAUACACUAGAACACUUAAUAUUUCUCGGAUCUGAAGAUUAUCCUUUUAAAGGAGUUCUUGAUUUAUUGGCUAAUCGUUGCCUUGCAUCUGGCACAAAUGCUUGGACAGACAUUGAUCAUACUUGCUAUACAGUUAGCACAGCCGGUAGCGAAGGUUUUCUGUCACUUCUUCCAGUCUACCUUGACCAUAUAUUAUACCCUACAAUUAAAGAAUGUGGAUUUAUUACUGAAGUUCACCACAUAACUUAUGAUGCAGAGGAUGCUGGUGUUGUGUAUUGUGAAAUGCAAGGCAGGGAAAAUACUGGAGAAUGUAUUGUACAAAGAAAUUUGUUAGAAAAUCUAUAUCCAGGUAAAUGUGGUUAUAAAUCUGAAACUGGAGGUAUUAUGAAAAACCUAAGGGAAUCAACUACAAAUAAUAAGAUUCGUAAAUAUCAUCAUGCAUUUUAUCGCCCUGAAAAUUUAUUACUUCUUAUCAGCGGAAAGAUAAAUCAUUCUUCUGUGUUUGAUGUUUUAGAGCCAUUCAUUCAAAAGAUUUUAUCAAAAGGUAAUCGAGGAGAUUAUGUCAGGCCAUGGCAAAGUUCAAUAGAACCAUUAACUCGAUCUUUAAAUAAUGCUGUACUUUUUCCCUCUGAUGAAGAAACCAAUGGCAUAAUAAGUGUUGGCUUUAGAGGCCCGAAUUGCUUAAAAGAUUAUAUUGCAUGUGAUUUAUUGUUGAAGUACUUAACGGAUACUCCAAUAAGUCCUUUACCUAAAGAAAUGGUUGAAAUUGAAGAUCCUUUCUGUACUGAUGUAUCUUUUGAUAUGGCUUCUCACAAUGAACCUUCUAUAACAAUUAGUUUUGAAAAUGUUCCCAUUGAAAAAAUGGAAGCUGAAAUAAUACCUUCAAAAUUGGAUGAAGUAUUUAAUAAACUUUUAGUUGAUGAUAAUUAUCUUGAUUUGACAAGAUUAAGUACAUUUAUUGAGAGAAAUAAGUUACAUAUAUGGAGCUAUUUAGAUAAUUACCCUCAUGAAAAAUUAUCUACAAUAAUUAUAGAAGAUUUUUUGUACGGAAAAACUUCUGCUGAUUUGGAUCAGAAAUUAAAUAAAAUGAGCAUACUAAGACAAAUACAAGAGGAAGAUAUAAUGUUUUGGAAAGAAAUAUUAAAAAAGUAUUUGAUUAAUGGUAAUAGAGUAAUUAUUAGGGGGAUACCAUCCAUAAAAAAGCAAGAGGAGCUUGCUAAUGAAGAAAAAGAAAGAGUACAAGAACGACAAAGAACAUUAGGUGAAGAGGGUUUAAAAAAAAAGGCAGUUGAAUUGUUAAAUGCCAAAGUUGAAUGUGAGACAAAACCGCCUAAAGAACUUUUAACAUCGCUUAAAAUUCCUAAUAGUAAAUACAUACAGUUCUAUCCAUACGAAACCUUCACAACAAAGUCUGCAAAGCAACAUAGUUUAUUUAAAAUAACUAACUCGCCUAUAUACAUGGAAGCAGAUAAUAUUAGUUGUAAAUUUGUCUAUAUGUACACUUUUAUUAACACCAAAGAUUUACCCAUGAACCUUCGAAUGUAUUUACCAAUUAUGGUUGAUUUAUUAAUGAAUACUACAGUCAUUUGCGAUGGUAUUAAAAUUCAUCAUACUGAUAUAAUUGCUGAAUUAGAAAAGGAUAUUGUGAAUUGGAACUCAGAAAUAGGAACAUCAUCAUCAUCUCACUUUUUAUGUGGAACUUUUUCUUCUGUUAUUUCAAUAUACUUUCAAGUAGAACCUAAGAAAUAUGAUAAAGCCAUCAAGUGGCUGCAUAAUUUUUUGUUCAAUACUGAAAUAACAAAAGAAAAGUUUUCAAUCACUUUAACAAAAAUAAUUAACGAAGUUUCAAGUUAUCGAAGAGAUGGUAAUCAUAUGUUAAAAGACAUAUUACGUAAUGUAAUCUACCAAAACAAUAACAACCACUAUGCUUGCAGUACACUGAGACAACAUAAAUUCUUAUCAAAUUUACAAAAUAAAAUAGAAUCUGAAGAGGGAUGGUCAUCUGUUACUGAUGAUUUGAAUAGCGUGAAAAUGAUUCUUGCCAAUCCGGAUAAUAUAAAAUUACACUUAUCUGCUGAUUUACAAAUAUUGUGCGAAUUAAAGCAUAACGCAUCUUCACUGUUAGAAAAACUACUUCCACCAAAUGUUGAACAUUCGAAAAAAUUAUUUGAAACUGUUUUUGACCAUGAAUAUAUUUUGCCCAAUGAUGAAUGUAAAAUACGAGCUUGUGCUGUUGGUAUGGGUGCGAUUGAGUCAAGUUAUUUCAUACAAGUAACAGAUUGUAUUAAAGAUUUUAGUCAUCCAGAUAUUCCAGCUUUAUUAGUAUUUUUGCAAUAUUUUACUCAAUUAGAAGGACCUAUGUGGAAAAAUAUUCGUGGACUUGGUCAUGCAUAUUCAUACAGCAUUACUCCAAGACCCAAUGAAGGAUUACUGUUGCUACAUUUUUAUCGUUCAGUAAAUGUACCUGCUGCAUACAGAGAAACUAAAAAUAUAAUGGAGUCUCAUUUAAUCAAUGGUGCAGUAUGGGACAUGACACUUUUUGAAUCUGCAAAAUGUUCUGUUAUCUUUGAAAUAGCAGAAAGAGAAAAGUCAAUUGGUGACUUAAUUACUCAAUCUGUAUUGUUUCAUUUUACAAAUUUGCCGCCUAAUUAUAAUCGAAAUCUUAUUCAGAAAAUAUCUGAAGUAACACUUGAGGAACUUCCACUAAUUGGUAAUAAGUAUGUGAUGCCAUUAUUUAAUCCAUCAUAUACAAGAACAGCAAUGGUCUGCCCACCAUCUAAAUUAGAUGAUGUUGCUAAUGAAUUCAAAAAAAUGGAUAUUGACAUGACUAUCUACAGGUCAUUAGAAGACAGUAUUCUCAAUGAUGUUGCUUAAACUUUGAAAUUAUUAUUAUUAUUUUUUUUUUCCAAUUUCAUAUUAUUUUUUUUUCCAAUUUCAUAUUAUUUUUCAG